GAACUAUAAAAAGUAGAUAAUUCUAGGUAAAUGUUUGUCUCAAAAUCAUAACAAUCGUGAGUGUUCUCUAACCUCAAAAAUUGUUUAAAAAUCAAAUUAAGUACCAUUUAUUCAUCACUCUCACUGGAAAAACAAUGGACUUUGUAGCUGGAAAAGUGGCCCUUGUUACUGGAGGGGCCGGAGGGAUCGGUCUUGCUAUAGUUAAAAGUCUUCUUCAACAUGGCGCUAAGGGAAUAGGGAUUGUAGAUAUUUCUGACAAAGCAGGACGCAAAGCUAUGGAAAUAGUUGGCGAGAAUAAAGUUAUUUUUAUAAAAGCAGACGUUACAAAGAAAGCAGAACUAGAAGGUGCUUUUGAAACUACCAUACAGACGUACAAGCAACUAGAUAUUGUAAUUAACAAUGCCGGAGUGGUCGACGAACAUGGCUGGAAAAACGCAAUAGCUUUGAAUUUGGUUGCUGUUGUCGAAGGGACUUAUCUCGGAAUGCAGAAGUACCUUCCAAAGUACCGAUCCGGCGAAGAAGGUCUUAUAAUCAACACAGCUUCGGUUUGUGGUUUCCAGGCUUUCCAAAUCGCGCCUGUGUAUUGUGCAACCAAACAUGCCUUAAUAGGUUUAGGAAAAGCCCUAGGUGGAGACGAAUUUUACAAAAGGUAUAAAGUACGCGUUGUUACGAUUUGUCCAGGUUUGGUAAGAACAUCGAUGUCUCAAGAUUCAAGCGGAUUUUUAUUCCCAGAGGUGAAAGACGAGGAAUUUGGUUCCGUGUGGUCGAUAACACAGGAACCAGAACGCAUAGGUGAAGGACUGAUUGAAGCCAUCAAGAAGGGCAAAAACGGGUCGUUGUGGGUUAUUGAAGAGGAUGAACCAGCACAUGAAGUGGUAGUACCGGAACACAGAACCAUGAAAGUUUAAAUAUCUAACGUACUGAAAUUUUUUUUUAAACAAAAUAUAAUCUAAAGGAUUAGAGGGGUUUUUCUUUAGUGUUAAAUAAGUGAUAAACACAAAUUGUUUUUGUGGGUUAUCGAAAACAUGAUAGUACC